AUGAACGAUACCUUUGCUAGACCACCAUAUAGACACCAUCAUUUUCUUGGGGUGAAGAUUCGAUUUUGGAAUAAGAUUGACGGAAAACGAACUGCAUGCGCACAGACCAACAGCCGUGCCUUCGUUUACGUGUCGUCAUCACGUAGCUCAAUUUUGCAGUCGAAUAUAGACGUACUUAGAUUGGACGUUUUAUUUAGUGACGAGUCUCGUUUUUGCCUGUACUCUCCAGAUGGGCGAGAACGAGUUUACCAUCGUAUUGGAGAACGCUUUACAGAUUGCAUGAAGCAUGGUGACCUCUCUCAAAUGCCUGUGGUGCAUACGCUGAUUGUACAUAAGCAUAUGGGACCUACAGUUUAACGUUGGUUCCGAACAGCAAGAUUUUUAGAGAGGCAUUCAAUGGCAAGGAUACUCUCUCUUGGUAGUUUGCCAUUGCCUUCCGGGAGAAGAACGAGCGUAAAUAUUUUUGGUUCCUGCCGGGAUCGAAUCCGGGACCACUAGUAUGGAAGACCAGUGUGCUGUCUGCCAUGCCACGUUCGCUCUCGGGAUAACAUUAUACAGAAUAACAUUCGGAUACUCAUAAGAAGUAUGCCUUGCCGCAUGGAGGACGUAAUUCGUGCAAAAGAUGGUCAGACACACUACUAAACACACACACACACACGCGCGCGUGCACAUUUACGCACAUGCAUACAGGAUCAAAUUUUUGCUACGUACAUGUCGUUGAUCCUGGGUAACGCCCAGAGCAAGAUCGAGACUCAUAACCGCAAGGAAAUUUGGAGUCUUAAAAUAUUACGGAGCUGACGAACCACGGAAUUCUUAUUUUUAUAAUUCGGCCUGAUUUAAAAUUCAAAAUCAAAUAUCUCGGCACCUAACACAGCUAAUAGGAUUAAAAACAAAUCAUUUUAAAGAUUCGGACUUUUAGCUUUCGAAAAUUCACAAUGCAAUAAUGGACCAUAGUUUUUCUUCCAAAAUGGUAGAUAAUAAAACGAGAGCAUGUAAAAUAGAAAAAUAAUAAUCGAGUUUGUAAUAACACAUGGCGAGAGUCAAAUGCCGCAACUCAAUGGGAUAAAAAACAUGUAAAAGUACAGAGUUUCCACUUUAGAAUGUUUUUUCAUUCAUUUCGAUAUGAUGAUUUUUCGCCGAAAUACUCCUAUUUGAAAAAAAGAAAAGCAGUUUUGUACUUCAAAUGCGAAUAACUCUGCAAAAAAUGGUGGUACCGAGAUGCAUAAAAAAGCAGUUUAAAGAGAAAAUUCUGUAUCUUCAUAUCCCUUUUUUCAAAUUAAGUUGAAAAUUUUUAUUUGAGCCGUGCACCGUCGCAAAGUAGGACCUAUUCAUCUCCAAUUACAUAUGCUCUCGCUUUGUCAUCCGCCAUUUUUAAUAAAUUUAUCUCGCAGAAUUGACAUAAAUGUAUCUUAAAGUAGAGAUUCCAAGCUUCAUUUCCUUUCUUGAGAAAAAGAUUUUUAUCUUCAUUAUUGACGAA